CUCUGACAUCACUGCGGCGCGCCGGAAGCGGCCCCCUGCCACUGUCCAGCGGCGGGGCGCCGGGACCGCCGGCCCGGCUGCCGCUAUGCCAGUCACCGGGAAGACUUUCCGGCGGCGCCGGGCCGACUCGGAGUCGGAAGAAGAUGAGCAGGACUCAGAGGAGGUUCGAUUAAAACUGGAGGAGACCCGAGAGGUGCAGAACUUGAGGAAGAGGCCCAACGGCGUGAGUGCUGCCGCCCUGCUGGUGGGAGAGAAGGUACAAGAAGAGACCACGCUGGUGGACGACCCGUUCCAGAUGAAGACGGGCGGCAUGGUGGACAUGAAGAAGCUGAAGGAGAGGGGCAAAGAGAAGAUCAGCGAGGAGGAAGACCUCCACCUGGGGACGUCGUUCUCCGCAGAAACCAACCGCAGGGACGAGGACGCGGACAUGAUGAAGUACAUCGAGACGGAGCUGAAGCGGCGGAAGGGCAUCGUGGAGUGCGAGGAGCAGAGGGUGAAGCCGCGGAGCGCGGAGGACUGCCUGUACGAGCUGCCCGAGAGCAUCCGCGUGCGCUCCGCCAAGAGGACGGAGGAGAUGCUGUCCAACCAGAUGCUGAGCGGCAUCCCCGAGGUGGACCUCGGCAUCGAUGCUAAGAUCAAGAACAUCAUCUCCACGGAGGACGCCAAGGCCCGCCUGCUGGCCGAGCAGCAGAACAAGAAGAAGGACAGCGAGACGUCCUUCGUGCCCACCAACAUGGCCGUGAACUACGUGCAGCACAACCGCUUCUACCACGAGGAGCUCAACGCCCCCAUCCGGAGAAACAAGGAGGAGCCCAAGGCCCGGCCCUUGAGAGUGGGCGACACGGAGAAGCCCGAGCCCGAGAGGUCCCCUCCCAACCGCAAGCGGCCCGCUAACGAGAAAGCCACUGAUGACUACCACUACGAGAAGUUCAAGAAGAUGAACAGGCGGUACUGAGGGGGGCGGCUGCCGGCCCCGGGCACGCGCUCCCGAAACAGGCUCACCCAGGCUUGCCUGGGGGUCCUCAAGCACGCAGGUUGUCAACUUUGAAAAACUGGGUUUACUUUGUGUGUUUUGGGGACAAACUCUGCAUUAUUAAAUCUUGUUUGUAAAUAGA